GAGGUUGUAAAUCGUACGACUAAGAAGACGGCACAGAAUAUAAACUGCAAGGGGUUAAUUGGGCAGGUGAGAAAUACGAGAAGAAGAAAAACUUGAUCCUCACUCUAAAGAGGAAAAACUUGAUCCUCACAUGAAAGUCACAGGGUGGAGCAUAAAAGGCUGCAUCACCUGUCAGAGGACGCCACAGUCGACUGCUGCCCUGGACCUGGGAGGACGAAAUCAAUAACGGUGCAUCAUGUCCAUUGACUCCAUUCUCUCUGCGGAAGCCAUUCAAAAGGCAGUCGCUGGCUGUCAAGGUGAAGACUCUUUCUCCUACAAGAAGUUUUUCCAGCUCUGUGGCCUCACUUCAAAGACGCCCCAGGAGAUUAAAGAAGUCUUCAAUAUUCUUGAUGGGGACAAGAGCGGCUUCAUCGAGGAGCCUGAGCUUGAGUUCUUCCUGCAACGGUUCGCCGCAGGGUCCCGAAAACUGAGUGAGAGCGAAAGGCUGUCCAUCAUGACAGAUGCGGAUUACAAUGGUGAUGGCAAGAUUGGGCUCGAUGAAUUCCAGAAUUUGGUUGAAUAUUCCAAAUGAGGGCCACAUACCACAUUCCCAGAAUUCGUCCUCUCUGUCUUUCGGCAUCUGGAGUUCACUAAUGUCAUCAUUUAUCUCAAAUUCAUUUGACAUCAUUCGUUGACAUUAUCCCACCUUGUUGCAUUUGUCUUUUAGACAGUAGGAAGUGCUCACCAUGUAACUCAAAGAAAGAAUGGCAUGAAUAAAAUUGGAGGAAACUG